GCUUCCAUUGUAAGCUUGGCCGCCCUGGGCCUGAUAUCCGAUACAGUAAAAAGAAAAUAAAAUGUAGAAAUAUUAUUAUCAUAAAUGCGAUAAUAAUGUAUUAUAGAAAAUUCAAAUAGUUGAAAUGUACAAGCUUAUAAAUAAUCAGUUUAAUUUUUUAUAUAGAAUUUUCUAAAAUAAAAAAACCAAUUUAAAUAAUAUACAAUACAGUAGUUACAUUUUUUGUAACAAUUAUCUUUAUCAUGGUGAGCAAACAAAAUGACAAAAUCACUUCAGUGAAUUUUAAAUUAAUUCUAUAGUACAAUACGAAAAAAUUUCGGAAAAAUGCCAGAAUAAAGGAAAAUUUAUAGUGUAUAUUGAUUUUUUGGUAAAUAUUUGUUUAUUUCAUCAUGGUUCAGCAUAGACUGCCAGGAAUUAAUGUGUUUCAAAACUGCAAUUUUAUUUCCAAACUUGACAUUGGUAGAGGUGGACAACGUUUCAUUCUAACUCUCAUCGUAGGAACGGUUUUUGGUUUUUUAUCAGCAUGUCUUCUCAUCACAGCCACUCAAGACAUAUCACAUCUAUUUAAUUGGCUGCCUCGUGGUCCAGCAUCCAACAAUGGACAUCAAUUUCCGGAUGUUGACUUACAAAUGGAACCAGAUACGGAUAUUAAAUUUCAUGAGAAAGAUGAAAUUUUUCAUAGAAAUGAAGAUAAGGUAGCACAAGAGUUAGCAAAGAAAGUUCGUAUUCUCUGUUGGAUAAUGACUGGACCAAAGAAUCAUCAAACUAAAGCUAAACAUGUGAAAGCCACAUGGGGAAAGCGAUGUAAUGUUCUUCUUUUUAUGAGUUCAGAAAAAGACGACAGUUUACCUGCAAUAGCAUUACCUGUUAAAGAAGGAAGGAAUAAUCUUUGGGGCAAAACAAAAGAAGCAUUCAAAUAUUCUUAUGAGCAUUAUAAAGAUAAUAUUGACUGGUUCAUCAAGGCUGAUGAUGACACAUAUGUAAUAGUAGAAAAUUUACGAUACAUGUUAUCGUCGUAUAGUUCAGCGUCUCCAUUGUAUUUUGGAUGUAGAUUUAAGCCAUACGUGAAACAAGGUUAUAUGAGCGGUGGUGCGGGUUAUGUACUUAGUAAAGAGGCUGUUAGAAAAUUUGUCGUUGAAGGAUUACCCAAUAAAACAAAAUGUCGCGAGGAUAAUGGCGGAGCUGAAGAUGUUGAAAUGGGUAAAUGUUUAGAAAAUAUAAAUGUAGUUGCAAUGGAUUCACGUGAUCCAUUGGGUCGUGGAAGAUUUUUUCCAUUUAUACCCGAACAACAUUUAAUAUCAAGUCAACGUGAUUCAAACUUUUGGUAUUGGAACUAUAUUUAUUAUGAUACUGAAAAUGGUUUAAAUUGUUGUUCCGAUAGUGCCAUAUCAUUUCACUAUGUGUCGCCGAAUAUGAUGUAUGUUCUUGAAUAUUUAAUUUAUCAUUUGAGACCAUAUGGAAUAACUCAUAGUAUCGAUGAAAUUCCAACAAAUAAAUCAGUUUCUUUAAGUAAUAAUAAUAACUAGUCUCUCGGCUAAGUCAACUUAUUUUCUAUAUAUAAUUGUCAAGUGCAAAACAACAAUGUAAUAUAAUAUAAUGUCAUUCCUUGUUAUUAAUUCCAGUUUUAUAUGUAAAAAAAAACGAUUUUUCAAUUAUAUUUCAUAUUAAUAGGAAUUAAUAGCGAACAACACUUUGCGCGCAAUUACAUUAAGAUUAUUUGUAAUAGCAGACUGAAGUGAUGCAAAAAUGCUAGUCAGUUGCUAAUUUAUAAAAUUUUUAAUAAUAAUUAAUCUAUGACCUAUAAUGUAAAUAAGUAAACGUUUAAAAAAAAAAAAUUAUGUAAAUUUAUAUACCAAAAAUUUGUAAUAUGUUCCACGGUAUCAAAAUCUUAUAUAUAAUUUUAGAUGCAAUAAGAAAUAGUAAUUAUCCACUAAGUGAUAUAAAACAUCUUAUGUUUAAAGUUACCUCAGUUAAUAAAAAAAAAAAAUUAUUGACGAAAGAUUAAAAA